UGACGUGACGUAGCUCUGCCUCACAGGAGCUGAGGAGAGAGAACAGCGAGCAGCGAACACAGAGCGAGCUGCUCCAUCUACAUCUCUGCACCAGUAGUCUCUUAGAGUUGAAGAUGAAGGGGCUGCAGUGGCUCAAAUUCCCCGGAGCGUGAGGACUCUUCCCGGGCUCCCUCAGCCUCUGAUCAUCCGUCUGUCUGCCUGUCUGUCUGCCUGUCUGUCUGCAGCGUCUCCCUUCCGUCCUUCGGCUGGAAACAUGGACGGACUGCGGCUGCCACCGGUCAUCGAGGAGGUCCUAGAUUCGUCCGGUCAGUACGAGCUGUGCGAGCUGAAGCUGCAGAAGCCGAUCACGUUGGCAGAAACUCUGCCGGCCAAAAAGACGGAGUCCCCGGAGAAAGAGGAAGAGAAGAAAGAGAGGGAGGGAGAGGAAGAGGGGGACGGAGAGGAAGAGGAGUAUCUGAGAGCUCAGGUCUUGCAGCUGCUGCUGCAGCUGGACGAGACCAGAGAGGUUUCCCAAAGACACGAAGACAGUUUCCUGGAGAUGCAAGGUCUGUUGGAGGACGAGCGGCUGGCGAGCGCUCAUCAGGCCGAGAGCUUCACCAGACAGAUCCAGAGACUGCAAGCGGCGCUGCGGUCGCUGCAGGAGGAGAUGGACGGUCUGGAGGAGGAGAAGGAGAGCGAGUUGCAGGAGGUGAACGAUGAUCUCCGAGCGGCCCAGGAGGAGGUGCUGCUGCUGCAGGCCGAGGCCGAGGAGGCAGCGGCCGAGCGGGAGAACGACAUCGCCUCGCUGCAGGAGGAGCUGUGUCGGCUGCGGGCGGAGCUGCAGCGUCUGCACGCGGCCGCGCCGAAGUACGAGCUGGAGAUCAGCACGCUGAGAGCCGAGAUCGGCAAGAAGAGACACGACACAGACGCAGAUGAACGUCACGACAACAAAGAUCUGAAGCAGCAACGAGACACGUGUGAUGAUGUGUACCUGGCGGUCACUGACACCGAGCAGGUGAAGGCGGACUCUUACAUCACUCUGUCUCAGUCCGGUGACGGGGAACACCGGGGCCGACCCUCGGAGGACCCUGAGUCCCCGCCGGUCUCCAUCUCGGAGGUCAGCGUCCUGAAGGUCCAACUGAGACGAGCCGAGGAGACGGCUCACAAAGUCCAGACGGAGUGUGACGGUUUGAAGGGCGAGCUGGGCGUCCUGCAGCAGCUGUACGACAGCAGCCAGCGGGAGCGAGCGGCGCUCCAACAGGAGCUGCAGCGCUGCAAGGCUGAGCUGCAGAAAAUGGAGGGCAGUAAGUCGCAGAACUGCACUGGUCCGUCUGAGCCCCCUGUUCUCUCCAUCCCCUUCAUAGGAAUGAUUGUUAUAGUGGCCUUGAUUUGGUGCUGGUUGGAGGAGCUGGUGCUGUAGAGGGGACCAGAGCGACACUGAAGGCUGGAAUCUGGCGGUGGCAGUUGUUGCCGUGGCAGCCAUUGUAGUUCUGGUCGUCCCCAGCUUCACCCGGGGGGCCUGAGGACUACACAGGAAGUGACCUCACUCUGGGAUUGCCGUCACCCAUCCAGCUCAUACUGUACACGUCGCUGUCCUGAUGUCUGCUUGUCGCAUCACCGAGACGUUUUCACCCGAAGGCCACAGACGUCCGGGAGUUCUGGAGGGGAAAGCAAUACCAAUUUUUAGACAAUAAAACCACGCAGUCGUCUGCAAAGACUCGAAACUCUCCCUGCAGCCCGGCGCUGUGCAGAAGGUCAGUUGGUUGAUUUGUUGAUCGGCCAAGGGUCGAACUGGAAGUCGUCUUUCUGCUUUGCUUUUAAAACAUGUUCGGUAACACUUUACUUGAAGGUAUCUACAUAAGAGUGACAUGAACCCUAACUCUAACCUAACUUAGUUUAUUAACAAAAACAGAAUUUCCUUAGAGCUGAAACUCCCGUAUAUUAUGUUCCAAUUGAUUGAUUAAACAUUUGGUUUGUAAAACCAAAAGUUAUUUCUAUUUAUAAAAAUAUCACACAGAGAAAAAUAGCAAAUGUAUUGUAUUUCAAUGAUCAGUUGAUUAUUUGUUGUUGGAAUCGUUCCAGAUCUUAAAUUCUUUGCCUUAUUGUUCGGUGCUGGAUUAAAAUAAUAAUUUGCACUCGCUGAGUUGAGGAAAGAGAUAACUGUACCAGAUGAAAUUAGAUUCUUUUAAAAGGCCUACAUUAACUCUGCUUUAGUCCUGCUUAAAGCUGUAUAUAAUCAUGUGUUUGUCCAAAAAUUUUUUUAAUAUUCAUAACUUUUAUAACUAGGGAUACACCGAAUCCAAAUUUUUGGGGUUCGGCCGAAUACCGUAAGAUU